AUGGAGCUGCCAUCUCAGAAGCUGCAAGAGUAUCUUGGGUUUGAGGACCCACCGAGCUAGCCAGCCUUACCUGAGAUUUUCCUGGCGGAUUUCGUCAGGUUCUGUGUUGUGAAGGGAGUGGAAGAGGGCAUCAUACCCAGCAAGAUGACCAAGCAACAGUCCUUGCUCUUUGGAGCUGACAGGGUCUGGGCCUUGUCUGGAGCAGGCAAGCAAAUAAAACUCCCGAUGGCUGUGCAGCCCCUACAAUUGACCAACCUCCCCAAGCGGCCACGUUUGCUGAUGAACUUCUCCCCCCCAAAAAGCAAAUUUGAAAAUCUGGAAGAAUUCUACAUGCUGGUAGGACAGGAUUGCCUCAGUUUGUUCAUAAUGUUUGGGGUUCCUGGAAAGUGCAACGUCAUCACGGUAGUAGUUCUGGAGAGCCUCAAAAGGGAGUCAGCAUGA